UAAAAUGAGUCUCUGUGAGAAGAGAGAGGAUGAGGAGGAUGUUCACUUACAUAAAGCAGAAUCUCCAGAAUCCAGCUGUGUGUCUAUGAAGAGUGAAAGAUCCAUGAGCAAUCCUCCUGAUCUCAGUGAUGGAGCAGUGACCCCUGACACAUCUGUGAUAGUGAAGAGAGAAGAUGUGAUCAGAUCAGUAAUGCCCCGUCUGACCUGCACUGACUCUGACUUUCAGAUGCUCAUCAGACAGAGAGUCAAAGAGCAGCACAAAACCAGUAUGAAGCACACGUAUGAAAGCUUAUUUGAGGGAAUCAGACUAGAAGAGAAUCAAACCCUCCUGAACAGGAUCUACACAGAGCUGUACAUCAUAGAGGGAGAGAGAGAAGGAGUGAAUGAAGAACAUGAGGUUUUACAGAUGGAGAAAACAGCCAGAACACAAGACACUCCAGUCUACUGCAAUGACAUCUUUAAACCCUUACAUCAACCUAAAUAUGACAAAAACCCAAUCAAGACUGUUCUUACUAAAGGCAUCGCUGGAAUUGGAAAAACCAUAUCUGUGCAAAAGUUUAUUCUGGACUGGGCCGAGGGAAACGCCAAUCAGGAUUUAGAUUUCAUGUUUGUGCUUCCAUUUCGAGAGCUGAACUUGAUCCGAGAUCAUCAGUACAGUCUUCACAGACUUCUGCUGGACUUUCAUCCUGAACUUCAAGAUCUGGACUCACAUAUUUAUGAGGAGUGUAACGUUGUGUUCAUUUUUGAUGGUCUGGAUGAAAGCAGAAUCACACUGAUGUUUUCAGACGCUCAGAAAGUUAGUGAUGUGAAUGAGUUUUCAUCAGUGGGUUUGUUAAUGUCAAACCUCAUCAGAGGAGAGCUGCUUCCCUCUGCUCUCAUCUGGAUCACCUCCAGACCAGCAGCAGCCAAUCAGAUCCCCUCCAAAUACAUCAACCGUGUGACAGAAAUUCAGGGAUUCAGUGACCCUCAGAAGGAAGAAUAUUUCAGGAAGAGAAUCAGUGAUGAACAUCAAGCCAGUAGUAUCAUCUCACACAUCAGAAAAUCAAGAAGCCUCCACAUCAUGUGCCACAUCCCCGUCUUCUGCUGGAUCUCAUCCACUGUGCUUCAGAAGCUCCUGGAAGAAGAUGACAGUGCAGAAAUCCCUCAAACUCUGACUGAAAUGUAUAUCCACUUCCUGCUGACUCAGAUCAACAUGAAGAGUCAGAAGUAUGAUGAAAAAAGCCCCAAAAAUCUCCUGAAGUCCAACAGAGAAGUGAUUAUGAAACUUGCUGAAGUGGCUUUCAAACAGCUGAUGAAGGGCAAUGUGAUGUUCUAUAAGGAGGACCUGACUGAGAGCAGCAUAGACAUCACUGACGCCUCAGUGUAUUCUGGGAUUUGCACUGAGAUCUUUAAGCAGGAAUCUGUGAUUCAUCAGAGGAAAGUCUACAGCUUCAUUCAUCUGAGCUUUCAGGAGUUUCUCGCUGCUUUACAUCUGUUUUACUCCUAUGAACCCAAGAAUAAAGAAUCACUGAAGUUGUUUAUGAAUGAAGGUUAUAGGUGGAGUAUCUAUCUGUAUGAUUUACUAAAAGAAGCAGUUGAUAAAUCUUUACAGAGUGAAAAUGGACACCUGGAUCUUUUCCUGCGGUUCCUGCUGGGCAUCUCACUGAAGCCCAGUCAAAGACUCUUAAAGGAUCUACUAACACAGACAGUGAACAGCUCAGAGACCAUCAAGAUAAUCACACAGUACAUUAAAGAAAAAAUCAAGGGUGAUGAUCAUCUCUCAGCUGACAGAUGCAUCAAUCUGUUCCUUUGUCUGCUGGAAUUGAAGGAUCAGACUCUCUACAGAGAGAUUCAGGACUUUGUGAAAUCAGAGAAUCAAUCAGUGAAUCAGAUCUCUCCUAGUCAUUGCUCAACAAUUGCAUACAUGCUUCAGAUAUCAGAGGAGAUGCUGGAUGAGUUUGAUCUGAAGAAAUACAACACAUCAGAUGAGGGGAGAAGGAGGCUGAUACCAGCUGUGAUGAACUGCAGAAAGGCUCUACUUUCUGGCUGCAAUCUCACUGAUCAGUGCUGUGAAAGUUUGUCUUCAUCUCUACAAUCAUCAAACUCCUCACUGAGAGAGUUAGAUCUGAGUUACAAUGACCUGCAGGAUUCAGGAGUGAAGCUACUCUCUGAUGGACUGAAGAGUCCAAACUGUCACCUCGAAAUACUGAAAUUAUCUGGCUGUAUGGUGACAGAGGAAGGCUGUUGUUUUCUGGCUUCAGCUCUGAGUUCAAACCCCUCACACCUGAGAGAGCUGGAUCUGAGCUACAAUCACCCAGGACAAUCAUUUGUCAAGCUGCUUUCUGAUCCAAACUACAGACUGGAGAAACUCAAUUUGGAUCAUGGAGGAGAGUUCAGGAUUAGAGCAGGACCACAGAAAUAUGGAUGUGAUCUCACACUGGAUUUAAACACAGCAAACCCUCAUCUCGCUCUGUCUGAGAGGAACAGGAAGGUGACAGGUGUGAAAGAGAAGGAGCCGUAUCCUGAUCAUCCAGAGAGAUUUGAUGUGUGUCGUCAGGUUCUGUGUAGAGAGAGUCUGUCUGGACGCUGUUACUGGGAGGUUGAAUGGAGCGGGCUUGGGCUUAAUAUAUCAGUGACUUAUAAAGGAAUCAGCAGAAAAGGGGACGGAGAUGACUGCUGGCUUGGAUUCAAUGAAAAAUCCUGGAGGCUGGACUGUAUUAAUAACAGAUUCACUGCAUUACACAAGAAGAAGAACACAGACAUAUCAGCUCCUUCGUUCUCUAACAGAGUAGGAGUGUAUCUGGACUGGUCCAAUGGUGUUCUGUCCUUCUACAGCGUCUCUGACACACACACACUCACACACUUACACACAUUCACCAGCACAUUCGCUGAACCCCUCUAUGCUGGAUUUGGAGUUUAUUUUGAGAGUUCAGUGUCUCUGUUGUGA